AUGUCUCCUAAUUCACGUCACAAUUCGGUCUCAACCAGGACUCACAAGAAGCUCGAGAUCGAGGCCCUCGAGGUUGCUCGAGCCGGCGGAGCUCAGGUCGAUGACUUCAUCAACGAGAUGGAGGCCGAGCUUGAGGCUGCCGGUGGCCUGAAGACUGGCUUCUUCCAACUCAACUUUGAUAACCCGAAAUACUUCACCUGGCUGCUUGUGGCGUUUGCUUCCAUGGGAGGUUUGCUCUCUGGCCUGGACCAGAGUUUGAUCAGCGGUGCAAACCUGUACUUGCCAAAGGACCUGGGUCUAUCAACGCGCCAGAACAGUCUGGUCAACUCCGGAAUGCCUUUGGGCGCGGUUGGUGGUGCACUCUUGCUGUCACCUACAAACGAAUACUUUGGUCGAAAGUGGGCUAUCAUCAUUUCCAUCAUCCUGUACACCAUUGGCGCUGCAUUGGAAGCUGGAUCUAUUAACUUUGGUAUGAUUGUCUCUUCUCGUGUCAUCCUCGGUCUUGGAGUAGGUCUUGAGGGUGGUACAGUGCCUGUCUACGUGGCAGAGACUGUCGAGCACAAGAUCCGAGGCAAUUUGGUCUCCUUGUACCAGUUUAAUAUCGCUCUUGGAGAAGUCCUUGGAUAUGCUGUAGCAGCCAUGUUCCUCCGUGUGCCAGGCAACUGGAGGUACAUUCUUGGCUCGUCUCUUGUCUUUUCUACCAUCAUGUUCUUCGGUAUGCUCUUUCUUCCUGAGAGUCCCCGCUUUCUCAUGCACAAGAAGAAGAGAUUGGAAGCCUUUAAAGUCUGGAAGCGAAUCCGAGACCUCUCCCUUCCCGAGGCUCGUGAGGAAUUCUACAUGAUGGCUGUCUCGAACAACCAGGAGGAGACCCAAGUUCAGGAAGGCGCCAAAAAUCGCCGGUUCCCUUGGAUGGAUUUCUUCACGGUCCCUCGCGCCCGCCGAGCCAUUGUCUAUGCCAACAUCAUGAUUCUUCUCGGUCAGCUGACAGGUGUGAACGCCAUCAUGUACUACAUGUCCGUCCUAAUGAAUCAGAUCGGGUUCGACAAGGAGAAGGCCAACUACAUGUCUCUUGUCGGCGGCGGUUCGCUCCUGCUUGGCACAAUUCCCGCAAUCUUCUUGAUGGAGAGAUUCGGUCGACGCUUCUGGGCCAUCACAAUGUUGCCAGGGUUCUUCAUUGGGCUUGUUCUUAUCGGCAUCAGCUAUCAGUUCGACCCCAAAGUCAAUCUGCCAGCAGCGGAAGGCUUGUACCUAACUGGGCUGGUCAUCUAUAUGGGCUUCUUCGGAUCCUACGCUUGUCUCACCUGGGUCAUCCCUGCCGAAGUGUAUCCCACCUAUCUGCGCAGUUAUGGAAUUACGACCUCCGACGCUCUUCUUUUCUUGGCCUCGUUCGUGGUUACUUACAACUUCUCAGCUAUGCAGUUGGCGAUGACCAAGACCGGUUUGGCUCUGGGUUUCUACGGCGGCAUUGCCGUGCUGAGUGAAGUCUACCAGAUCUUUUUCAUGCCCGAGACCAAGAACAAGACUUUGGAGGAGAUCGAGGAUGUCUUCUCAAGGCCUACGAGGGAACUCGUCAAGGAGAACUGGGAGGGGUUCAAAGAGACGGCCGCAGACCUGCUGUGUGGCCGGUGGUACAGGGUUUUUGUACAGCAGGCAAACCCCGGCUCUACCACCCAUGACAACAAGAAGGAGUCCGAGGCUUGA